AUGAGUGGGCAGUCUUCAGUUCGAAGGAUUAGUGCCGGUUCAAAUAAACGAAUAAGUGAACCAGGUUCUUCAAAUGUUACUGAAGAUUCAACAUACCAAUAUGCAUUACGGAUUGCAUAUUUGGCUUAUUUAACUCAACCUAAACCACCACCACCUAAACCACAGACUUUCGCUCCCAGUCCACAACUUGUAGCGAUAAAAAAUGAAGAGCAGAAAAAACGUCAUAGUCAAUCUUUAUUAAAUCCUGAUUUAAUAACUAGCUUGUUUGAAAGUAAAAAAAGCCUAAAAAUUCCUAAAGAAUUAUCAAAAGCAUUGAGAGAAAGACUUGAAACAAUUGUUAAUGGACGGGAUCCAAAUCCGACUUAUAAUGAUCCUUAUUUUCGAAAAGAUAUAUCAAUUCUUCAUCGAUCAUUAUUGCAGCAAUCAUUUCGGCAACAAAUUCAACAAAUAAAAUCAGGCAAAAUAGAGGAAGUUGUACUUUUAUAUGUUAGAAUCGCACAAAAUGAACUUAAAACAGCACCAAUGCCACAAAAUGUUACAUGGCAAGCCAAAUUAACAGAUCAUGUUAGUUAUUUCAUUGAAAUAUUGAAAGAAACUCUUCAAUCUAAAGAUUGUAUUUCAGCUUCUACACCUGAAUUAUUGGCGAGACUUGAAACAUUUCCAUCAAACGGAGCAGGACAUCAUCCAAAUAAUGGAGGAACAAGUAAUGGUAUCGAUGACAUGAAAAUGGUAAAAUUGGUUCAAAAUAUUUUCCAAAUCCCUACCAAUCAAAUUCAAAAAGAUAUUAUUGCAAUAAAGAAAGAAUGCACACCUGAGGCUUCACUAGCAGAUUUACGAAAUAUCAUAAAUCAUAUAAAUCUUGGAUCAGCCUUUCCUGCACGCAAGGAAGAUUUCGAAACUGAAGAAGUUUAUAAUAAUUGGAAAGCUAUUGAAUUAAAAACACUUAAUGAACUUAUGACUACUAUUAUAAUUUUAUUUCCUGGAAUAAAAGUAGGAAAUCCCAUAAAAGAUUCCAUCGCACAAGACGUAGUUUAUAAUCCUAGUUCUACAUUAUCAAGUAAUGACGGAGGUUCUUUUGUCUUUAUUCCAUCAAAUCCUCGAAGAUUUUACAAGUUACUUAUGAAUAAAUGUAUAGAAUAUGAAUUACUUACUGGAUCACCCAGUGAACAUUCCGUCAAAAUUUUAUCUAAAAGUGUAAUAGAAUUACUUAACGAAUGCGCUCUUCGAUGGAGAGUAUCACCCGGAUUUCGAUGGUUGCAAUAUUUGGAUGCUUUGAAGAAUCAUUUCGAUAAUGAACAUCCUGCAAUUACUUUAGAUCACAUAAGAGAAGGAAUGCAUCUAUUAAAGGAUGCUACUAAAUUACGGGAUGUAUCUACUUGGACUAUUAAUGAUGUUCGGAUUCACGAUUCUUUGCUAAAACUUAUGGCUGAAGCACUUGAACAUCUAUUUAAAAUCAAGGCUGAUGCAUUUGAUCCCAUGAUUUCAAUAUUAUAUCUCAUUUAUGAAUCUGAAUUAUUUCAAGCGACAUAUCCGGAUAUUACUCCUUUUUACAAUAAUCUUCAAGGAAUUGUUAAAAAAGUUGCAGUUGAAGUAUAUCUUGUAAAGAGAGAACAAAUUUAUUCUCAAGAGGACAAUAAUGAAGUGGUUAAAUUAAUCACUUUAGCUAGAUGGAUUCAACAAGAGACAGAAAAAUUAACCAAAAAAUUCCCAAGACCUUUAAUAGGACAAAUAAAUGUUGUAUGCCUAGUAGUAGAAAAGCAAGUGCCACUUUUCACAUUGGAAAUGGAAAAUACUACACAAGAUAUUGCUGGAAAAGUUAGAAUGACAUCGGAAGAAGGAAUUCCAGUUGAUGAUAUUUUUGAGCUUUACAGAGAAGUUUCUGAAUUAAAAGAAAUAUACGAAAGUCGUAAUACUGGGUGCGAAUUUUCAUUAAGUAUAGAAAAUUGGUUUGAACCUCAUGUCAAAAUGUGGUUAGAAGCUACGGAUAGUAAAACACCAGAAUGGGUACAAACAGCGAUCUGUAUGGACGAGUUCAAAGCUGUAAGCGGAACAGAUAAACAUUCAUCCUCGGUAGUGGAUCUUUUUACUUCAUCUAAUCAAACCAUUGAUUUCAUUAAAAAACUUGAUUGGCCAAACGAAUAUCAAUACGCAAAAUUUAUGACUAGUUUGUCGAAGACUGUUAGUAAAGCCUUGGAUCAAUAUUGUGAUGAAAUCGAAGAUCUUUUUAUGAAAGAUAUGUUUCCUGUGGAAGAAAAAGAACAAGGAGCUGCAAAACAAUCUGCCUGGUACAUAAGAGCCAAAACUUCAGAAAAAGCUCUUACUUUUGAUUUUAAACCUACGACUUGUAUAAAAUUAAAUAAUAUUGAAGCAGCGAGAGAACAAUUAGAUAAAUUAUAUGAGACGAUGGAAGUUGACAGAUUAACAGAAGUUAUUAGCGAAUAUGAAAAAGAUGUUCAUGACAAUCAAAAACAAGAUAAUUAUUUAUAUACGAUUAAAAUUGUACUGGCUGAAAACUUGUCAGCAUUAGAUAAUAAUGGUUAUAGUGAUCCUUAUUGUGUUUUGGCAGAUGAAUUGGGAAAUCGUUUGGUUCAAACUCGUGUUAUAUAUGAAACUUUAAAUCCAAGAUGGGAAGAGGCUUUUGAUAUUACCAUAUCUGAACCUUUUAGACAAUUAAGUGCCAUUAUUUUGGAUAGAGAUCAAGUUGGUUCCGAUGAUGUUUGUGGAAAGGGUACCUUUGUUUUGGAUCUUAAUCGUUUCAAUGAUUAUUUGGCUCAUGAAGUUUGGGUUGAUCUUGAUACUCAAGGUCGUGUUUUAUUGAGAAUAAGUAUGGAAGGUGAAAGGGAUAUUAUUCAAUUUUAUUUCGGUAAAGCCUUCAGAACUCUCAAACGUUCACAUGAUGAUAUGGCUAGAACUAUAGUUGAUAGGAUGUCACCAUUUUUGAAACGAUGUUUAUCAAGAGAUGUUAUCAAGCCGUUAGUUUCAAAAUCCAUAACAAAAAUUUUCAAGGAACAAAAUAAACUCACUGAUCGAGAUAUAGAAAAAGCAAUAGAUCCUAUAUUUGAUUAUUUCGAUAAAAAUUUAUCGACUCUUAAUAAUUAUUUACAUCCUGUAGUAUUUCAAAUGGUUACGACUCGAAUUUGGAAGGAUAUAUUGUCUAUGAUUGAAGCACUCAUGGUACCACCUUUAUCAGAACGUCCAUCCGACCUGAAACCACUCACCGAUGAGGAACUUGAUGUUGUUUAUAAAUGGCUUUCGUUUUUGAAAUCAUAUCUCUAUGCGGAUGGAAAUGGCAUGUCAAAAGAUGAAAUAGAAAGUCCAAAAUAUCAUGAAAUUAAACAAAUUCGAGAGUUUUAUGAUGUUAAAACUGAAACUCUUAUUGAAAAAUAUCUCAAUAUGCAAAAGGAAAUUAAUGCUUUACCCAAGAAAGAACCAAAAGGAUUAAAUAAAUCAGUUUUGAAUCAACGAAAUCUUGGUACAAUCAAAAAACGUAAAACCGAAAAACGUAAACACAAUAAUAACAAUAAUAAUGGAGAAUUAAUACUUCGAAUUUUGAGGAUGCGAGCGGGAACGAAAGGAUUUUUGAAACAACAAAUGGAAGAAAGAGCCAAGAGGAUGGCCGCUAUAACUAAGGAAUCAAUAGUUCGUCGUGAAGAAGCACCCCCUGUUCCAGCCCUACGAAAUUCUCAACUAUUUUCAUAA